UGGGGGUCUCUGUGCCUCUCAUUCUCCCCUCUGUCUUCCUCCUCCCUCACCGCAGGGUUAGCUAGGCAUCCAUCCUCUUCUGCGCCUGGAGACCCCCCACUCCCACCACCAUCGCCUGUGUCUCUUCUUCACCGUAUCCUCCUCUACCCACCCUCUCCUCUCCUCGCCUCUCUUCUCUCUGCCCCUUUAAAUCUGCCUGGCCCAGCCUCCCCCGUGAUGCUGGGAUGGAGCAAACAUUGAUUUGUGCUGGGAUGGAAUCGGAAUUUUGAUUUAUUUUUCCUCUCCCAACCAUAAGAAGAAAAAAAAUAAUAAAAACACCCCCUCUUGAUAGCCCCCUCCCCCUUCCCAUCCAGCUCCCAGCUUCUCUUCCCUAUCUCCAUCCAAGGCAGAUUUUUUUCCCUACACUAUUCCCAUCUCCCCUCCACACACACACUCCUGCCACUACCUCGCCCCCCCACCCUGCUUCUCCAGCUGGGGAGAGAGGGGACUCUCUCCUGGCUCCCCCACCUUCCCUCUCUGGGUUGGAGCAGUCUCUCCGGAAGGGGAGGGGGCUUGGCUUGUCCGGGUGAGGUGGGAGUGGAGGUACCUGUCAUGGAUGCUGUGUCUGGGAGGCAGCCUGAGCCCCAGCCCACAUGGGAAGCCAAAGGACCAGGGCAAAGGGAACCUGACAGCAGCCAGGAAAGCGGGUGGCCUAAGACUCUGCCCAGCCCCCUCUUGGGACCCCCACAUUUGCCAUCCAUGCUGGACACUUCGGGGUUCUAGCCACUCAGGAUGAGGGUCCGGCUCUGCCUGCCCGCGCUGGGGCCCCCCCGCCCGGCCCCGGUCUAACUGCCCCCGCCUCCAGGCCUCGCCCGGCUCUCAGGCCCCCAGCCGGCUCUCCAGCCCCAGGAUGCGCUGAGCCGCCGGGGGGCUGAGGCCGCGCCAACUACAUGCAUGUCCCCCGGGGGCAAGUUCGACUUUGACGACGGGGGCUGCUACGUGGGGGGCUGGGAGGCGGGGCGGGCACAUGGCUACGGCGUGUGCACGGGGCCCGGCGCCCAGGGCGAGUACAGCGGCUGCUGGGCACAUGGCUUCGAGUCACUGGGCGUCUUCACGGGGCCCGGCGGACACAGCUACCAGGGCCACUGGCAGCAGGGCAAGCGCGAAGGGCUGGGCGUGGAGCGCAAGAGCCGCUGGACGUACCGUGGCGAGUGGCUGGGCGGGCUGAAAGGGCGCAGCGGCGUGUGGGAGAGCGUGUCCGGCCUGCGCUACUCUGGGCUCUGGAAGGACGGCUUCCAGGACGGCUACGGCACCGAGACCUACUCCGACGGAGGCACCUACCAGGGCCAGUGGCAGGCCGGGAAGCGCCACGGCUACGGGGUGCGCCAGAGUGUGCCCUACCAUCAGGCGGCGCUGCUGCGCUCACCCCGCCGCACCUCCCUGGACUCGGGCCACAGCGACCCCCCGACGCCGCCUCCUCCCUUGCCCUUGCCCGGCGACGAGGGAGGCAGCCCGGCCUCGGGCUCCCGGGGCGGCUUUGUGCUGGCCGGGCCCGGGGACGCCGACGGAGCGUCCUCCCGAAAGCGCACCCCGGCGGCUGGUGGAUUUUUCCGCCGCUCGCUGCUCCUCAGCGGGCUCCGGGCGGGCGGGCGCCGCAGCUCUCUGGGCAGCAAGCGGGGCUCCCUGCGCAGCGAAGUGAGCAGCGAGGUGGGCAGCACAGGACCCCCGGGCUCCGAGGCCAGCGGGCCCCCAGCCCCAGCGCCUCCUGCCCUCAUCGAGGGCUCGGCCACAGAGGUGUACGCAGGCGAGUGGCGCGCCGACCGGCGCAGCGGCUACGGUGUGAGCCAGCGUUCCAACGGGCUGCGCUACGAGGGCGAGUGGCUGGGCAACCGGCGGCACGGCUACGGGCGCACCACCCGCCCUGACGGCUCGCGUGAGGAGGGCAAGUACAAGCGCAACAGGCUAGUGCACGGCGGGCGCGUCCGCAGUCUCCUGCCUCUGGCCCUUAGGCGGGGCAAAGUCAAGGAGAAGGUGGACAGGGCUGUCGAGGGCGCUCGUCGAGCAGUGAGUGCUGCCCGCCAACGCCAGGAGAUCGCCGCUGCCAGGGCAGCAGACGCCCUCCUAAAGGCAGUGGCAGCAACCAGUGUUGCCGAGAAGGCUGUGGAGGCAGCACGAAUGGCCAAAUUGAUAGCCCAGGACCUGCAACCCAUGCUAGAGGCCCCAGGCCGCAGACCCAGGCAGGACUCAGAAGGUUCCGACACAGAGCCCCUGGAUGAGGACAGCCCAGGGGUGUACGAGAAUGGACUGACCCCUUCAGAGGGAUCCCCUGAACUGCCCAGUAGUCCUGCCUCCUCCCGCCAACCCUGGCGACCACCUGCCUGCCGGAGCCCACUGCCUCCUGGAGGGGACCAGGGUCCUUUCUCCAGCCCCAAAGCUUGGCCCGAGGAGUGGGGGGGCCCAGGUGAGCAAGCAGAGGAACUAGCUGGCUAUGAGGCUGAGGACGAGGCCGGGAUGCAGAGGCCGGGUCCCAGAAAAGGUUCCCCACUCCUUGGAGCUUGCAGCGACAGUUCUGGAAGUCUGCGAGAGGAGGAGGGAGAAGAUGAAGAACCCUUGUCCCAGCUGAGGGCCUCAGGAGGCUCAGAGCCCGAGCCCAUCACCAUGCUGGUCCUGAAGGGCCCAUCCUCAAGGGGUCCCAAUGCUGGGUGCCUGACAGAAGAGCUCGAGGAGCCUGCUGCAACCGAGAGGCCUGCCCAGCCGGGAGCUGCCAACCCCCUGGUGGUGGGAGCCGUGGCCCUCCUGGACCUCAGCCUGGCGUUCCUGUUCUCCCAGCUCCUCACCUGAGGCUACUUCCUGGCCUAGUUCUGGCUUUGGUUGCCUGCCUUCUCACCCCUUUGCCCUGCCUUUUUCUCUUUUCCUUUCCCUGGUUGUGUUUUCUCCUAUCUUUCCUUCUCAUCUCCCUUUCCUUUCUUUUCUGCCUCCUCCCUUUAGUUUUGUCUCUUGCUUUUUUCUUUCCCUCUCCUUUCAGAUUAUCUCAUUUAUUCUGGAUCUGUCUCUAUCUUCCUCACUCCCUUUCCUAUCCCAAUCCCUUCUUUCUCUAGAUUGUUUACAUAUGAAGGGCUUUUCUCUCUCAGAGUUGCUCUCUUCUCUGAGACACACAAAUCUAAGUCAGACCAUUGCCCCACGUCCACCCCACCUUUUCUUUAGACCUAAACUUCACUGAAGGUGGGGGUUGGGUGUCCUGAGGAGACUCCCUGAAGCUGAUUGGAGAGGAGGAAGAAAAUGAAGAAGGGGUACCUGAGUGCUGGGCAAGGCACUGGCUGAGCUGCUGUGGCUCCCUGGCCUGAGGGAUCUGUUGUCCCUCCAAGGCAUAGUGAAAAAGCUGCAAGAGGUUCAGCCUCCACCUCUUAGAACCUAUCAUCUCACCUCCUAGCAGGUUCUGAGCCAAGGUUCUUGCCUAAUUGUUCUUUCCCUGAGGCAGAUAGGGGACAUGAAAAGGUGAAUAACUCCCUAGCAUCUCCCUCUUUCUUUCCUCAUCAGGAAGUCCCUCCUCCAGUCCUCUUUGGUGGCAUGCCAUGCCAAGAGCAGAGUGUGUAUAAAGGAACAAAAAAUAUCCAAUGCAGUCAAGUCCUUCCCAGACUUUGCCACUGAUCUCUUUCACCUUCUUUCUCCUAAUAGUUUAUUUGGUUGGUCUGGACUCACUUGUGGCCUUUGAUUAAAUUCCUAAGGGGCCUGAAGAAGACAUAACUACUUAGAGGCACUAGAGCAAGGACCCCGCCUCAUGCCCCAACUCUGCCAGUCGUGGUGGGGGGGAGGCACUUCCUGGGGGAUGAAACCAGACAAGAUAAUAGGAGCUCACAAGGAAACAGAAGCUGUGACAAGUUUAGUAGUCACAAAUGGGUUACAUCCCCUUCCCCCGUUGCAUCAGAAUCUUGUGAAAUGGGAAAACAACAGAAGGAGGGGAUCGAAAGGAGCAGACCUCUCACAGGCUUUCCAGGCUGGACAGAGGUGGGAGUCAGUCCUGAGAGUCGGGUGGAGAGCCCUGUUUGAGGCUGUGGCUUAUCCCUGGUACUAGCUUUUCCCCUGGGGGCAGGAAGCCCUAGGAAGAGGGGACUGUAGGGUCCUCAGGGGAUCUUUCCUCCCUCUCCUGCAUGAGGCAGAGGCAAGCUGCCUGCCAACCCCUUCCCUCAAGGAAUGGCCUUGCCUGGGAAUGCCCACCACAUAUCUUCUUUUUUUCUAGUCAAACUCUGUUUACUCCUUGGCCUGCCUCCCUCCUUCCUCCCCUCUCAACCUUUACUUCUGAUUUCUAUUUCAUGGAAUUUGGGAUUGACGUUAAACUACAACAGUGCCGCCAACACCAAGUCUUGCAGGAAAAAAAAACACAAAGAAAUUUAACAAAAAAAAAUAUAUUAAUAAAAAAGUUCAAAAAA